AUGAAGAGACAAAACAUUAGGACCCUCGUGUUAAUCAUCUGCACUUUCACUUAUUUGCUCGUCGGAGCGGCCGUUUUCGACGCUUUAGAGUCGAAGAUGGAGAUCACGCAGAAGAAGGUCCUGCACGAUCGGAAACGGGAGCUCAUGGACAAGUACAACUUGAGCAAAGUGAAUUUUGACGAGCUGGAGCGGGUCGUGCUGCAGCUGAAGCCGCACAAGGCUGGGGUCCAGUGGAAGUUCGCUGGAUCGUUUUAUUUCGCCAUCACUGUUAUCACCACUAUAGGAUACGGCCAUGCAGCACCCAGCACGGAUGGCGGGAAGGUUUUCUGCAUGUUCUACGCCCUCCUGGGGAUCCCGCUUACUCUUGUGAUGUUCCAAAGUCUGGGUGAACGCAUAAACACCUUUGUGAAGUAUCUGCUGCAUCGUGUCAAAAAGUGUCUUGGCCUUCGGCACACUGAGGUCUCCAUGGCCAACAUGGUAUGCAUUGGCUUAAUAUCUUGCAUGAGCACACUGUGUGUAGGGGCAGCUGCCUUUUCCCGCUAUGAGGACUGGAGCUUCUUUCAUGCCUACUACUACUGCUUCAUAACGCUCACCACCAUUGGCUUCGGGGAUUACGUGGCCCUGCAGAAGGAUAAUGCUUUACAAACCAACCCCCAGUACGUAGCCUUCAGCUUCAUGUACAUUCUGACUGGCCUCACGGUCAUCGGCGCUUUCCUGAAUCUUGUGGUGCUACGUUUUAUGACCAUGAAUGCCGAAGACGAACGUCGUGAUGCCGAACAGCGCACGCUGCUGUCCCGCAACAGGCACUCUGGAGGGGCUGGAAACAACCACUGUAUGUCUGACCCACCAUCGUCUUCUAGUGCGGGCCAUGGAGGAGGGUCGGGGAAGGGAUUGUGUAAUGUCUAUGCAGAAGUUUUGCAUUUCCAGUCCAUGUGCUCUUGUCUCUGGUACAAAAGUCAGGAGAAAAUGCGUUACUCCAUUCCUAUGAUCAUCUCUCAUGAUCUGUCCACUUCAGACACCUAUAUGGAGCACAGCGAGACCUCUGACGCUCUGCACUCCAACGGCUGUGUGUGCAGUGCCUUGCAGGAGCACUCCGCAACCAGCUACACUGGCCUGCUCAGCUCAGCACAUUACCAAAGAUUCUCCAAACGCCGCUGCUCUAUCUAG